AUGCGCGAUGAGUUAAGGAAAGAUUUUCGGAAGGACAUUGCAGCCAUGUGCAGCUCACUAGAGCGGGAUUUCCGGAAAGAAAACCGAGAAUUACAGUCAAGCAUUAACUUCUGCAGCAAGCAGUACGAUGAUAUGACUACCGAGUGCACAGCGCUGAAAGAAGAAAACAAGACGCUGAAAGCUGAGAAUGCUGAACUGUCCUCCCAGUGUGAUUCGCUGAAAAAACUACUGUCUGACAUGGAGCGGCGUUUAACUGAUCUUGAGAAGUACUCCCGGAACAAAAACAUUGACAUUAAGGGACUUCAGGUAGAGCAGAACGAGCAUCUUCCUGACAUGCUACAAAAAAUAAAUGAGAUAAUUAAUGAGCCUAUCACUCAAGAAGAUGUUGACGUCUGCCACCGUGUUCCGACGAGGAACUUGACAUGCCCGACAGUGGUUGUCCAAUUUCACAAUCGCACAAAACGUGAUGCUGUGCUUGCGAAAGUGAGAAAGACAAAGGUCACCACUAGACAUCUGGGGCACAAAGAAAAUGUACCAAUCUACAUAAACGAAAGCUUGUGCCCUACUCUCAGAAAACUGCUGGGAAUGGCAGUGGCAAGAAGAAAGGAAAAGCUAUGGAAAUUUGUGUGGACAAAGAACGGCCGCAUCUUUGCUAGGAAGGACGAGACUUCGCAGGUGGUUUGGGUGGCUUGCGUGGGUGACUUAGAUAAAGUAAUCUGA